AGACCGGCGCCACGUCCGCUCCCGCUCCGCUGGGUGAGGCCAGGCUCGGGCGGGUCCCGCGGAGUGUGCAGGGCCCUGGGUUCGUUACAGCGGUUCUUUCCCUCAUAGCACAGACAUGGCGGCCGAGAAGGACCAGCAGAAGGAUGCCGAGGUGGAAGGGCUGAGCGCCACGACCCUGCUGCCGAAACUGAUUCCGUCCGGCGCGGGCCGUGAGUGGCUGGAGCGGCGCCGUGCGACCAUCCGGCCCUGGGGCUCCUUCGUGGACCAGCGGCGCUUCUCGCGGCCCCGCAACGUGGGCGAGCUGUGCCAGCGCCUCGUACGCAACGUGGAGUACUACCAGAGCAACUAUGUGUUCGUGUUCCUGGGCCUCAUCCUGUACUGUGUGGCGACAUCCCCCAUGCUGCUGGUGGCUCUGGCUGUCUUCUUUGGCGCCUGUUACAUCCUCUAUCUGCGCACGUUGCAGUCCAAGUUUGUGCUGAUGGGCAUCAGCUGCAGGUACCCACAUUGGACACCAGGUGGCGACCUUACACUGGCCUAUAGCUGGGCUCCCCUUUCCUGCUUCCUGGGGUGGAAGUGGAAAAAUCUUGGGACUUCUCAGAGAGGAAAGCUGAGGCCUGUGGCUCAUGUGAUCCCAGACUGGCACCAAGCACCACUGAGAAGAAAGAGGGGCCUGAGUUCCCAAAUAUGGGAAGCUCAAGGUUUGGAGGGGGGAUAAGGGGGAAUUGGGAUCAGACAAACAGGUAGAGCUAAGACAGAAUCCUUCAGAAGCCUGCCAGUUUUGUACAUGACAAAGGUGGGCUGGGUGGAGGGGCAUGUCGGGCAAGCCCAGGGCAUGGAGGGAGCGCCUGGGGCAUAGACAUGACGUGGCUUCAGCCACUGCUGCCAUCCCUUGUAAAAAAUGACGAAGAACAAUGAUCCACGGGUUUCCAUCCGAGGAUACAGAGGACUGACUUUAUUGUUUUGUGAAAUCAUCCAGGGACUUCCCUGGCGGUCCAGUAGUUAAGACUCCAAGCUUCCAAUGCCGGGGGCCCAGGUUCCAUUCCUAGUCAGGGAACUAAGAUACCGCAUGCCGCACAACACCCCCCCCCCCCCAAAAAAAAAACAAAAGAAAGAAAAAUCAUCCAGUUUCUCGGUCAGCCACAAAUCAAAUCAAAUUCUUGUGGAAUAAUAUGCAGACUCAAAA